GCCUCUGAAACCUACACUCCCGCAGGAAACAUCUACACUGUGCUCUUUAGCUUGGAGCUGUUCGUUCGCUUGGGCGCCCAGAAGCCGAAGGACUUCUUCUGCGGCGAGGACAAGAGGUGGAACUUCCUGGAUGGUAUCAUUGUUGUGGCUUCCUGGUGGGAGGUGGUUGGUGAGAUUCAGACUUUGCUGGCUUCAUCGAACCCUGAGGAGAGUAACUUCGCCGGCAUCACUGGCAUACGGACCCUCCGCAUCAUCCGCAUCACCCGUCUCGUAAAGGUGGCGCGGUUGGCAAGGGUACUCCGCUUCGUCAUGGCCUUGCGGACGCUGACGCAGUCCAUCAUCUACACGCUGAAGUCCUUGAUAUGGGCGAUGGUGUUGCUGCUUCUCAUUGUGUACACUUUCGGAAUUCUUUUCACGCAAGUGGUCUUUGAU